GUUUCAGAAGCACGUCCACACGUACAGAAUCCUCCCAGACGAUGAAGGAUUUCUGGCGGUGCAGACUUCUCAGGGCGUGCAGCCUAAGCGCUUUAAGACGUUGCCAGAGUUGGUGUCAUUGUACCUGCAGCCCAGUCAGGGCCUAGUUACUACGCUGCUUUAUACUGUGGACAGAGAGGAGACGGCUGUCACAGACGACCGGGACUAUUCAGAUGGAGAGGAUGAGAAGCCGCCCCUCCCCCCUCGCUCUGCCUCCACCUCCACUCCCCCUGGACCAGAAACGCCGACAGAAAGCGCCCCGGCAGCAAACGGCCUGAGCACCAUCUCGCACGAGUACCUGAAGGGCAGCUACGCGUUGGACCUCGACGCCGUCAAACAGGGAGCCUCGUCACUGCCUCAUCUCAACAAAACACUUGUGGCUUCCUGCAAGCGCCUUAACGGGGAGGUGGAUAAGGUUCUGUCUGGUUUGGAGAUCCUGUCGAAAGUGUUUGAUCAGCAGAGUGCUUUCAUGGUGUCUAAGAUGAUCCAACAGGUGAAGCUUGAUGUUUACCUGGCAGAGCUGACAAAGAUCGGAAAGAGUCAGAAGUACACUUUAUCUGUGGACGUGGAGGGAGGGAGGCUGGUGGUGAUGAAGAAGGUGAAGGACAACCAGGAGGACUGGACCACUUUUACUCAUGACAAAAUUCGUCAGCUGAUCAAGUCUCAGCGGGUUCAGAAUAAACUGGGCAUCGUGUUCGAGAAGGAGAAGGACAAGAGCCAAAGGAAAGACUUCAUCUUUGCCAGUGCCAAGAAGCGGGAGGCAUUUUGUCAGCUGCUGCAGCUGAUGAAGAACAAACAUUCCAACCAAGACGAGCCCGACAUGAUUUCCCUCUUCAUAGGCACAUGGAAUAUGGGCUCGGUUCCAUCACCAAAGUCUGUGGCAUCGUGGGUUUUGUGUCGCGGCCUGGGGAAAACUCUGGAUGAGAUGACCGUCACAAUCCCUCAUGACCUUUACGUGUUUGGAACCCAGGAAAACUCCGUGUGUGAUCGAGAAUGGGUGGAGUCGCUACGUGCCACACUAAAAGAACAGACAGAACUGGAUUAUAAGCCGAUUGCGGUGCAGACUCUAUGGAACAUUAAACUUGCUGUGUUGGUAAAACCAGAGCAUGAGAACAGGAUCAGCCACGUGGGGAUGUCCAGUGUCAAGACGGGGAUUGCGAACACGUUGGGCAACAAGGGAGCAGUGGGCGUGUCGUUCAUGUUCAAUGGCACAUCGUUUGGCUUUGUGAACUGUCACUUAACAUCAGGGAAUGAGAAGAUUGCCAGGAGGAACCAGAACUACCUUGAUAUUUUACGGCUGCUAUCACUAGGAGACAAACAGCUGAACUCCUUUGACAUUUCACUGCGUUUCACACAUCUGUUCUGGUUAGGAGACCUCAACUACAGGCUGGACAUGGACAUUCAGGAAAUUUUAAAUUACAUUAACAGGAAGGAAUUUGAGCCGCUGCUAAAAGUGGACCAGCUCAACCUGGAGAGGGAGAAGAAUAAAGUCUUUCUACGUUUUGCGGAGGAAGAGAUCUCGUUUCCUCCAACGUACCGUUACGAGCGAGGUUCCAGGGACACAUACGUGUGGCAGAAGCAGAAAGCCACAGGGAUGAGGACUAAUGUUCCAUCUUGGUGUGACCGGAUCCUGUGGAAGUCGUACCCAGAAACUCACACUGUGUGCAACUCCUACGGCUGUACUGAUGACAUUGUGACCAGCGACCAUUCACCUGUAUUUGCUACGUUUGAGGUUGGAGUGACGUCUCAGUUUGUCUCUAAAAAAGGUUUGCCAAAGUCCUCAGAGCAGGCGUACAUUGAGUUUGAGAGCAUCGAGGCCAUUGUGAAGACAGCGAGCAGGACCAAGUUCUUCAUUGAGUUCUACUCUACCUGUCUGGAAGAGUUUAAGAAAAGCUACGAGAACGACAGCCAGAACAGCGACAACAUCAACUUCCUGCGUGUGGGUUGGUCCAACAAGCAGCUGACGACACUCAAACCGCUGCUGUCAGAGAUUGAGUACCUGCAGGACCAACAUCUGCUGCUCACUGUCAAAUCAGUGGAUGGAUACGAGUCCUACGGAGAGUGUGUGUUGGCUCUUAAGUCGAUGAUCGGCAGCACAGCACAGCAGUUCCACACAUACCUGUCCCAUCGAGGCGAGGAAACGGGAAAUAUCCGGGGGUCCAUGAGGGUUAGAGUCCCUGCUGAAAGGAUGGGCACCAGAGAGAGAUUGUAUGAGUGGAUCAGUGUGGACAAUGAUGAGACAGGCGGACCCAAAGGGAAAUCCACCAUGGUAUCCAGAGUGGGCCAUGAGUAUGUCAAGCAGUCUGUGGUGCGUAAACCACUUGGAGAGCUGGGUAAGGUCAGCGAGGAGGGAGAAAGAAGCAUCAAAGAGGAAACUGCUGCAAGGCCCAAACAGGACACCUCAGAUUCUGACUCAUCCAUCAGCAAGAACAGCUACAACAACCCUGCCUACUACAUCCUGGAGGGCGUUCCCAACCAAUCAGCUGCAGCUCUUUCUCCUGAACUCCUCCCAUCUCCCACCUCUACGAACCCCCCAGCAGCUAAAGUCCUCCCUCCCUCAUCUGGGGCUCGAACCAAACCCACUUCUGCACCUUCAGGGCCCCCACAUUCACCCAGACCUGCAGCAGGACAGGAAAGCCUCUCGGAGGAGGACGGAGGUGCUGGUAUGGUGGGGGCACACGGUGGGACAGGAAGCACGCUGAAUCGACCCCCUCCCGACUUCCCCCCGCCUCCUCUCCCUAAAGGAGCCCUGGAAAUGGUUGCAGAGGCUCCGUUCAACAAGCCUCGCUCACUUUAUCCGGACCUGACCGAGGUCAGGAUCCCCACAGCCGGGCCCGGUGGCCCAGUCGUCAUUGGAGAGGGUUUUAGGCGAGGGGGAGUUGGAGCAGGGGGGCUGGACGAUCAGUCGUGCUCUGUCCUGCAGAUGGCAAAGACUCUGAGUGACACCGAGUUUCCUGGACAGCCUCCCCGCGCCCCCUCGGCACCUCCACCUCAUCGAGGGCAACCGAUGGGUUUGGGUCUGGAAGCCUGCCGCACGUUCCCUCCCAGGAACCCCAUCCCAGAGAGCAUCGCCGAGGACAUGCCAGAGGAGGCACUUUGGGGCAGCAGUAGCUCGUCGCUGUCCGUGGGGGAGUCUUCAGUUGGGGAGUGGCUGCAGAGACUGGGCUUGGAGCGCUAUGAGCAGGGUCUUCUGCACAACGGCUGGGACGAUCUGGAGUUCCUCAGUGACAUCACUGAGGAGGACCUGGAGGAGGCCGGGGUUCUGGAUUCCACCCAUAAGAAGAUUCUGCUGGAGAGCCUCAGGCAGCAGCAGAAAUAAACUGCACCUUUGACCGGUCCA